CUUAUUUCGAAGGAAGUUUUUAAAAGUCACACAUUGCCUGUUUGAUAUGGACGAUUCCGAAGUAAUGUACCAUAAAAUGAUCAAGCAAAUAUGUGACAAAUAUAACAAGAAAUAUACUAAAGAUUUACAAGUUAAGCUAUACGGAGAGACAGACAAACAAAUAUGUGUCACUGUGGUCAAAGAACUUAAGCUGCCAAUAUCAGCUGAUGAAUUUGGCAAUCAGUUGAACAACAUGGCGCAGAAAAUGUUGCCCAGUGCACCAUUGCUGCAAGGUGCUGAAAGACUCCUAACCCAUCUACAUGAUCACAAAAUACCGAUGGCCUUAGCGACCAACUCGACGGAACAAGCUGUAAGGUUGCACGCUACAGCAAGACCCAAGCUGUUUGGUUUAUUCCAUCAUAAGGUGAGCGUAACAGACCCACAAGUAGUCCGGGGUAAACCGCACCCGGAUAUCUAUUUAGUCGCUGCGAAUCGGUUCCCGGAUAAGCCGAAACCUAAACAGUGUCUUGUAUUCGAAGAUUCGGCUAUAGGCGUGUUAGCCGCGAAGGAAGCUGGGAUGCAGGUAGUAAUGAUACCAGACGCUCGUCUCGACCGCGAGCAAACCCGCCAGGCGACGCUAGUUGUAAAAUCAUUAUUAGACUUUAAGCCAGAAAUGUUUGGUCUUCCACCCUUCGAUGAAACUCCAACACGAUCUAGUUAUCUUGAAAAAUAAUAAAAAAAAAGUUGUGUGGUUUUAUGAAACCACGGUAAAAGUGAAACUUUUUUUCACACUAUAGACAU